UCCUCCUCCCCCUCUUCCUCCUCCUCCUCCUCUUCCUCCUCCCCCUCUUCCUCUUCCUCCUCCUCUCUUCCUCCUCCUCUCUUCCUCCUCCUCUUCCUCUUCCUCCUCCUCUUCCUCUGUGCAGGUAUCUAAAGUGGUGACGAAGGUGAAGGAGUUGGUGAACGUAGCAAAGAUCAACGGCUCUUUGGCGUCCACCGUGGUCGCCAUCAUCUCCAACGUGAUGAGCAGCUCAGAGAGUGCGCUCGCCGCUACAUCAGAGAAAGCUCUGAAGACGGUGGACGAGUUAGUUCAGAAGAUCGAGUUCGAGGGCUCGUCCAUCAGCAUCACCUCCAGACACCUCGCUGUGGGGAUCUCCGCCCUCAACACCUCGAUGUUCAACGGGACGUCGUUCAGCGCCUUCAUACCUCCAAACACCACCGACCCCCAGAUUGACUUUGAGUCGGAGCGGGUUAACCCUUUAGCUCAGGUCGUCCUCCCUGCGUCUCUGCUGUCCAGCGUCUCUCUGAGCGACGUCGACCGAUCGUCUCUGUCCAGGAUCAACUUCAUGUUCUUCAGCAGCACCAACCUGUUCCAGAAAGAGCAGCACGGCCGCUCUCUCAACAGCUACGUGGUGGCGAGCAGCGUGGGAAACUUCUCCAUCAGAGACCUGAAGGAGCCGGUGGAGAUCGAGAUCGCUCACCUGUCCCAACAGCCGUCGCUGCGUCCCGUUUGCAUGUUCUGGGACUUCAGUUUGAACGGUGGAGCCGGAGGCUGGAACACAGAAGGCUGCCGGGUGUCUGAAGGAUCCAGCAGCAACAGAACCGUGUGUCUGUGUGACCACCUCACACACUUUGGCAUCCUCAUGGACAUUUCUGGAGCGUCGCCGCACAUCGACCCCAGGAACAACAAAAUUCUGACCUUCAUCACCUACAUCGGCUGCGGCAUCUCGGCCAUCUUCUCCGCCGCCACGCUGCUCACGUACAUCGCCUUCGAGAAACUGCGGCGCGACUACCCGUCAAAGAUCCUGAUGAACCUCAGCACCUCCCUGCUGCUCCUCAACAUGGUCUUCCUAUUGGACGGCUGGUUGGCCAGCCUGGACACCGAUUGGCUGUGCCUGUCCGUGGCCAUCUUCCUGCACUACUUCCUGCUCACCUCGUUCACCUGGAUGGGGCUGGAGUCGGUCCACAUGUACAUCGCUCUGGUCAAAGUGUUCAACACGUACAUCCGGAGAUACAUCCUCAAGUUCUGCAUCGUGGGCUGGGGUCUCCCUGCGGUGCUGGUGGGGAUCAUCGUCUCGGUGGAUAAAAACUCGUAUGGCCUGCAGGAGUACGGCAGAGGAGAGUCAGGAGAGGGAUCCUCAGAGUUCUGCUGGAUCCAGAACUCCUGGGUCUUCUACAUCACCUGCGUGGGUUACUUCUGUCUGGUGUUCCUGCUGAACGUGGCGAUGUUCGUGGUGGUGAUGCUGCAGAUCUGCGGACGCAACGGCAAACGCAGCAACCGCACACUCAGAGAGGAGGUUCUGAGGAACCUGCGGAGCGUCAUCAGUCUCACCUUCCCUGGGAUGACUUGGGGCUUCGCUCUGUUUGCCUGGGGGCCCGUUAACCUGGCCUUCAUGUACCUGUUCUCCAUCUUCAACUCGCUGCAAGGUAACCAUGGUCACAUUCACCAGUGAACCUUUAACGCUGUG